GCUUUCGAGAACGUAGUGGUGCUCUUGGCUCGACCUGGGCGCAACUGGGUGACAAUGUGAGACCAAUGAGUUGCACGACUUUACGAAGCGGCAUGGACGCUACAACAACGAGAGACGAUGUUGUGAAAUGCUAUAAUAAUUACGAAUCACAAAAACUAAUAAUUGGCAGCAGACACUGCCGCGGAGCAGUUUAGCAGAAAUACGCAUGAAUCGGCUUGCAAUACACAUCCGACCCAUGAGGAAGGAACGGCAAUGACCAACCGUUGCCAUCGUCAGAACGAAUGGGUCUGGAUUACUAAACUAGCGAUGUUACUUCAAUGCGACGUGAUUCCAAUUGUCACCCCGACCAUAACAGCGGUUACUCCAUUUGAUUAUUAUAAUUAAUAUGAGUGAGGUAUGGUUGAUAGUGGUUCUGUUUGAGGAUACUGUGUCGCUGUGAUGCUCCCAUCGUGGCCGUAUAGGAGCGACGCUCGACACGUUCAUCUCUCGUUUUUUACUUACGACAUGAGCUGCGGCAGCGCAACGACCGGAAGAGUCUCGGAGCUGCUGCGCUGACACUGAAACCCGAAAGCCGCAUGGAGGGUCUUCAAGCACGGGAGAUCCUCCCGCUUUUGCAGGAGCGCUUCGCUAUACUUUCUGGUGGUCGAGAUCGGCAUGGAGGUCCCAUAGUGACCUUUCCAUCGGGCUCUAAACUCGAGCGUUUUAACCCCGAGGACAUAACGAAGGUGCUCGUCUACUUCUCGGGGAUACCCAGUGAAGAGUCGCGGGCAUGCGGUUUUACCAUCAUCGUGGAUAUGCGUGGCCAGCAGACGUGGGCUGGCGUCAAACCUGUUUUGAAAGUUUUACAGGAGGCAUUUCCCGCGAAAGUGCACAACGUCUACAUUCUUAAACCAGACAACUUCUGGCAGAAGCAAAAAGCAUCUCUGGGCAGCUCUAAGUAUACCUUUGAGACGACUAUGAUUUCAGCGGAAUUUCUACCGCGAAUAAUCGAUCACUCACAGCUAACUUCGGAUCUCGGUGGUACACUCUCUUACGACCAUACGCAAUGGUGCGAAUUACGUAUGGCACUUGAGGGAUUCCUCUGGAAAAUGCAGGAUAUCCUAACACGUUUGGAUGGUUGGAAGCAAGAACUAGUCAAAAAAAAUUAUACAGAUGAUGCUGAACGCGCUAAACAGCUGAUGGAGGAACACGUUGCGGCGAAAAAAAAGAUUCUCCAAGUGCCAGUUGAUGAAGUUGGCCACGAAGGCCAACAGGUGAUUUGCUCCUUAGGGGACGCGAAUCCCGACCUUGCUCAAAUGGGCCCCCAGAUAUCUAGAAUGCUUGAUACCGUGCGUGUCACACGACAACACGUGCUCCAGAUGUGGCACGUUAGAAAGGUUCAGCUUGAACAAUGUCUCCAGCUCUCAGUAUACCAAAGCGACGCACAAAAAAUGCUAGACUGGAUAGGUCACAACCGAGAUCUCUUUCUCGUCGGCUACAUGGAUAUUGGUCACUCUAUUCAGGACGCGAAAGCAUUACAGGAAGAGCAUCAACAUUUUACUGUGUCGUCAAUGGAUGUCUACGUAAACAUUCAACGCGUAGUUACGUUGGGUAAUCGCCUGAUUGAGAGCGGCCAUUACGCAGCUGGCGCGGUCCAACAAAUAGCUUCAAUGCUCGAUCGAGCCUGGAAGGAAUUUGCUUCUUGGCUUGAGGAACGUACAGCGGUAUUGGCGCUUUCAGUUGUUUUUCACCAGAAAGCUCAGGCGUACUUGACCAACGUGCCCAUAUGGCAAGCUGCGAAUGAGGUCCAACAGAUUUCUCGGGAAGUGACUGAGUUAGAGCGACAGAUACAGGAACAUCAGGAUGUGUUUGACUCGAUGUGUCAGAGCUAUACCGAGGUGCAUUCAGCGUCGAAGAAGCUCCUCUAUCAGCUCAACCACCUCGUACAAGUCUGCCAUCCACCGGAUCGCUCGGAGAAUGGCAAAGAUGGUAGCAGUGGUCAGGGCAAAGGGAAAGCGGACUACACAGAAGGUGCGAAGCACGUUCUUAGCGUGAUUCACGAAAUUCUGGCGCAGCAUCGCACACUGGAGAGCGCUUGGCACCAGAAAAAGCUCAAGCUCCAUCAGCGGCUCGCGCUGCGCUUGUUUCAAGAGGACGUCCGGCAGGUCCUGGACUGGCUUGAAAAACACGGCGAGGUGUUUCUCAGGAAGAACCCAGGCACCGGAAAGAACCUCGCGAAAGCCCGAGCUCUUCAGAAGGCCCAUGAACACUUUGAGGAUGUGGCGCAGAACACGUAUACGAAUGCUGAAAAGCUGCUGUCCGCAGCUGAAGAGCUGGCGCAGACGGGCGAGUGCAACGCGGCUGAGAUCUUCGCCGAAGCUCGCGAACUUCAACAGCAAAUCGAGUCUUUCGCUCGACGCGUGGAGCAACGACGCCAGCUGUUGCAGCUGGCCGUCGUCUUCUAUACGCAUGACAAAGAACUACAGGUUUGGUUCGAGGAACUUCGACCAGAUCUGGAGAGCGAUCGAGUCGCCGAUACGGUGGAGGCAGCCGAGGCCUUACUCGCGCAGUUCACCCAACAUCGGGACACGACCCUUGAAGCUGUGCACUCAACUAUCGAGGAGGGCGAAGCUCUGGUAGAAGAAUUACGCGGAUUGGGUAUGACAGUCGAAAACGACAAAUCAUCGUUACCGCCUGUUUUAGAAACCCUCGAGCGACUUCAAAGGACUCGCGCGGAAAUGGAGGAACUCUGGGCCGCCCGCAAACUUAAACUCGACGUCUGUCUGCAGUUAAGGUUAUUCGAACGGGACGCGUCUCACCUAACAUCUCAAAUGGAAGUGUGGUCUGAGGAUCUCAAGCACGCCGAGACAAGUAGCGUCUUAGAGCGGGCUGAACAGCUCUCGCAGCUGCACGCUGAUAGCGUGCAGCAUAUUACGCAGACCACCUAUCAGGUGAUCCAGCGUGGCCAAGAGCUGUCGGCUCUAUUGGAGUCAUCCGGCGUCGUAGUUGCGGCUGAUCAGCAGUCGGAUGCUAGGCAGCGGCUACAAAAUCUCCUGGGUUUCUUACAUGAACGUCGCGCUGGACUAGAGGGAGUAGCCGAGAGUAGGAAGGCUCGCCUCGAAAUGGCAGUACAGGUCGCUACACUGGAGCGCGAGGCGCAUCAGGUGCUCACCUGGAUCCACCAGGGUGAGUCGAUGUUGAUGGCAACGUUCCAAGUGCCGACGUGCCUUAAGGAGGCGGAACAGCUGGCAAGUCAACAUGAGCAGUUCACGCAGGCAAUAGAGAACACCCACGCCAGUGCCAUCCACAUUGGACAGCGGGCCGAGCAGCUGUUGAAGCAUAAUUCACAACACAACGUUGUUUCGCCUGGGGCGGGUGGGAUAUCAGCUGUGACCGGAGCAGCGACGCCUCUACCAGACCCGCAGGCCGAUAAGAUCCAGGCCAUCGCCGAGAAGGUUGACGCUCGGUGGCACUCAAUGAUGGGCCAUGCCGAGGAUCGCCACCGCAUGGUCAAUGCAUCGCACCGCUUCUUCAAGACGGCCGAGCACGUUUAUUCAGUGUUGGAUAGCCUGGAGAGGGAGUACAAGCGGGAUGAAGACUUCUGCUUGAGCGCGGGGGACACCUCGCAGGACCAAGUGACAUUCCUCAGCCAGCUGCUAGGCAAACACCAGGAGAAAAAAGAGGCCUUCCUCAAGGCGUGCACUAUGGCGCGCCGUAACGCUGAGACGUUCCUAAAAUACGCGGCUCGCUGUCAGCAGUACUAUGGUCAGACGGGCAACUCGCGGACGCCAGAAGCCAAAGUUAAAGCGCUGAUGGAUCAGUUGCUUAAGCAGGAGAACAAAGUGCUCGAAUAUUGGACGUCUCGGAAACGGCGUAUCGAGCAGUGCCAGCAGUUCUGUCUAUUUGAACGGAGCGCUAUUCAGGCUAUUGGCUGGAUUGAGGAAACCGGUGAGCAGUACUUGAAUUCUCGGAAAGGCGCUACCGACAUCGAAAAGCUUUUAGAGGAACAUAAUGAAUUUACGGGCAACGCCCGGGAGACGCGAGAAAAAGUCCGUAUACUUUUACAAUUGGCCGACAACCUUGUUGAGCGGGGGCAUCCCCACGCGAGCUCCAUCAAGGAUUGGGUAAAUGCAGUCGACCAUCGCUAUAAAGACUUCUCAACAAGAAUGGCAAAUUAUAAAGAAAACCUGGAGAACAAACUGGGUAAGGCAGCACACGGCGAUGCCGGAAGCGAAGGCAGUGGCGGGUCCGGCGGGAGUACCAACGUUCUAUCGCUUGACUCCCGUCAUUCGGAUCCGAACCUUGAAGCGCGACUUGCACAAGAGGCGGACGCUGACGUGCACGGAGACGGUCAUACGCAUUCCGGCAGUUCAGGACCCGUCGUCGCCAAGGAACUCACAGAAGAGAAGCGCAAGAGCGCCCGACGAAAAGAAUUCAUCAUGGCCGAAUUGCUUCAGACAGAACGGGCCUAUGUCGCUGAUCUCGAAACGUGCAUCAAUACCUAUCUUAAGGAGGUUCGAGACCCCAAUAUUUCGAAGCCAGAAGCGUUACGCGGAAAGGAGGCAAUCCUGUUUGGUAACAUUGAAGAAAUUUCGGAGUUUCACCAAUCUACAUUCCUAAAAGAAUUAGAAAAGUAUGAGACCAUACCUGAGGACGUAGGACACUGUUUCGUGACGUGGGCUGUCAAAUUUGAUAUGUACGUUAAAUACUGUAAAAAUAAGCCGGACUCUAAUCAGAUUCUCAUUCAGUGUGCUGGAGGGUUCUUUGAAGAUGUUCAACAAAGGUACGCGAUCGCUCACCCUCUGCAGGCGUACCUAAUUAAGCCCGUGCAGCGCAUUACCAAAUAUCAGCUGUUGCUCAAGGACCUCCUGUCAUGCUGUGAGGGGCAUGAACAGGGCGAAAUCAAGGACGGACUCGAAGUCAUGCUUGGCGUACCUAAGAAGGCCAACGACGUUAUGCAUCUGUCUCUGCUAGAAGGAUGCGAUCUAAGCCUCGAGCAGCUAGGUGAUGUGAUCUUGCAAGACGCCUUCGUUGUGUUUGAUCAGCGGGCAUUGAUUCGUAAGGGGCGAGAGCGUCAUAUGUUCCUGUUUGAGCUUUACCUUUUAUUCGCCAAAGAGAUCAAGGACGGCCAAGGUAAGGUGAGGUACCAAUAUAAAAGUCGCUUAAUGACAUCUGAAAUCGGCAUCUCGGAGCAUAUUGAAGGCGGGGAUGAGACAAAGCUGGCUGUGUGGAGCGUGCCCCAAGGUCCCAAUGAAAACCGCAUUGUUCUGAAGGCCGCAAACCUUGAAGCAAAACAGCAGUGGGUAAAAAAAUUGCGUCAAGUGAUCCAGGAAACUUGUUUCAAUUCUACGAUCUUCCAUCCACACACAGCAAGGCUUGUAGCAGCUGCCACAGCGACCGCCACGGCCGCUUCGUCCCGCACCACCAAGCAGCUUCAUCCACACCGGACGAGCAGGGAUAUGGAUGCGGAGAGUACGACAUCAUCAACGCCGUCAUCGAGUGCAACUGGUCACGACGCGAACAGCUCCGCUACUCCUGUAGUUCAUCGGGAAGAGACAAGCUCCAUCAAUUCGUUCGGCUCGGAAAAUACUAACACAGACUCCGAGCGGGGAGCUGAUAAUGACGAUGCAACCCCAACGAGUGAAUUCCCUCCCGGAGAAUUCCCUGAUGUUACCAGUCCGACGGGCAGCGGAGGCAGUCAACUACCACUAGGUCAUCUACCCACAACGUCGCCCGGUAGCAAACGACGGGGCACUUUCCGGAAGUGGCUCACGAACCCGGUUCGGAAGCUGAGCCAUGGCCGCAUCGACAAAGGCCUGGAGGGCGCAGAUAAGAGCGAGAAGGGCAGCCUCGGAACGGGCCAAGCCCGGCCUCCAUCGGGCCAGAAUAAGGGGAUCGUGGUGCAAGGUCAAUUGGCCCAACACAACAACGCCAUCUCAAAGCCACCGCAGCAGUCAACAAACAAGGUGUUGAGCACAAAGGAUGAAGCAAGUCAUGCUGAAGAAGAGGACACAGCCCUCGGCUCGGAGCUCCCACAGCUCCCGCCACCGAUGCCAAUCCAGGAGCACCAGUUCAAGCAACUUGACACGCCCGCCGCUUCAAUCAUGGCUGCGGCCGCUGCGGUAUCGAACAACGCUGAAGACUGCGAUAAGUCAACUGCGGCACUGGCAACUGAACUCGAGCAUAUUGUCAAGAUUGAAGAGCUACCAGCCGAAGAGCAAAAUGAAAUUAAGGCACAUUUAGAGAAGAGACAAUUCGUGUUAAGGGAGCUUGUCGAGACGGAAAAGGACUACGUGAGGGACCUAGGCCUCGUCGUUGAGGGUUAUAUGGCGGCUAUCCGAGCAGAGUCAAUACCGGUGCCAGAGGAUUUGAAAGAAGGAAAAGACAAAAUCGUAUUCGGGAACAUUGAGGCGAUCUAUGAGUGGCAUCGGGACCUGUUCCUAGCCGAACUCGAGAAGUGCCUCGAAGAGCCUGAGCGACUCGGCCUUCUAUUUAAAAGAUACGAACGGAGGCUUCAUAUGUACGUGGUGUACUGCCAGAACAAACCAAAAAGCGAAUUCAUUGUGUCCGAAUACAUCGACACGUUCUUCGAGGAACUGCGCCAACAUCUGGGCCACAAGCUCCAGUUACCUGAUCUACUUAUUAAGCCCAUUCAAAGAAUCAUGAAAUAUCAGUUACUGCUGAAAGACAUCUUGAAAUACACGGAACGGGCGAAACUGACCAAAGAGGCCGAGGACUUGAAAAAAGCGGUACACGUGAUGCAUGUCGUACCGAAAUCAGCCAACGAUAUGAUGUGCGUGGGAAGACUGCAGGGUUUCGAAGGCAAAGUUACUGCGCAGGGCAAACUUCUCCUGCAGGGACAGUUAGCUGUGAGUGAUGCAACGUCGGCAUCAGCCUCAUCUAAUUUCGCCCAAAUCAUGGCUACCACGACCAAACUGAAAGAGCGGCAAGUGUUCCUCUUCGAACAAAUGAUUAUCCUCAGUGAGAUGGUAGGCGCUAAAAGCCAAUUCUCCACGCCCUCGUUCAUCUACAAAAAUAGUCUGCAGGUGAACAAGAUGUCGUUACACGAAGAUCAAACAGACCCACUCAAGUUCUGCCUCACGUCGAAAAACCCAUUACAGGAGGGCCUUACAUUAGUUCUUCAAGCACAAUCUUCUGAACAUCGCCAGGAGUGGGUCUCGAACAUUCGAGCCCUAUUGGAUACACAACAGGAUUUUCUCCGUGCAAUUCAGUCGCCUAUUGCUUACCAAAAGGAGCUCACUAAAGAUGUGUCGAGUAUGGACUGCUCAUGGAACCCGUCGUUGCGGAAAACGCUCUCGCAUCCUGCCGCAGCGCACAAAGUGGCUCGCAGUGGGUCGCAGGACGGGGGCAACCGCUCGGGCGGGGUCGGCACGAGCACUCGGAAGGACAGCGCACACCUGGCGGGACCGCAUCUUGGUGGUCUCGGGCCCUCCAAGUCCGUCAAACAUAGCAGUAGAAGUAAGCUGACAAGCGGUGACGCGGAAUCCGGAGCCUUUGGAAUGGCGGUGGUUGCCGGAGGAGCAGGCUCGGCAGCAUCGCCGCCAGGUCGGACCCCAUCGAAGAAAAGCCUAUUUGAGGGUUUCCGCAACACGUUGAGGCAGUCGCGCGGAAAGGGCGACUCGAGCUCGAACUCGAAUGGUGGCUUAUGCUCCAGCUAUUCAUUGGACCGAUCCAGCGAGUCAGGCACCGGAUCGAAGGGCGUUAUUCGCAGAUGGUCUGAAAUUUCUCCAAACAGUAACCCGCCUCAGCAUCAUCCACAGCAAUCACCGCAAAGCGCAAGCAAUUUGACAGCCAGCUCAGGCCAGACUCAAGCUGCUUCAAUGGCCAGUAGUGGCAGCAGUAACCUAAUUCAGUUACAGUCGUCCCAACAUCAGCAGCAACCCCCAGCGACUAGUGAUUCUUAGUGGUGCUCGCAGUGCUACGCCGACACGUGAAUAAAACCACCUUUUCUUCUGCCUGACUCUUCGCCUGUUCUAUAAACAUGGGCAAUGACUACGAUUAAUUAGCCAAUGGGCAGCAUGAAUGAGUGAAGGAACCAACGACAAAUCACUAAACAUCUGUACCGACCACAUCUGACAAUGAUACUGGGAUAUACGAGGAAGGACGAUAGUACUACUAGUAAUUGCUGAGUACCAACAUCGUACUGCGUGUGGGCGCAAAUAUCACGUGCAAAGAAUUUAUCAUGGCGAACUAGCGACGACCAAAUGAAGUCGAUUGUAAAUGAAUCUUUGCUACAAGUUACUCCGAUAGCCAACGCACACCACAGUUUGGAGGUAUGGGUAAACAAACACAAAUACUAAACGAUAAAAUAAAAACAAUAACAAAAAAAAUAUGUGCAGCAAGCCGUCUGCUUUUUCCUCUGAAAAAAACUGGAUUGAUUUUUUUUUGGGAUUCCGUAAGACUAAAAGCAGGUGGAGCAGGUGACGGUAACCAGCCAUGGCAUGAAAGAAAGAAAGAAGGAAAAAAACAACAGCAUGCCCUAGACGUAUAGGGCAAUGAAUAUAUCAUGCGAACCUUGUGGCUCUUUGCAAUCGAGCUACUGCGAAAAAUAUGCCACAACGAUAACAGCGUAUACGCGCGUCUAACCUUUGUGAAGCGCCGUGAACAGGGAACUAGCUUGCUUGGAGAUAAAUGGCAUUCGGAUUGUCAUGCAAAACAACAGAAAAAUGGCAGUUCCACAUUGAAAAUCGAAAACUAAUCAUAACGCUUAUUAUAUUGAUUACUUUUUAGGUAUUCUGUUUUAGCAUGGUAGCGGAUGAUAACAAAGGAUGGGCUAUAACAGCUAGACCAAGGAACGCCCAGCUAUAUGCCCGUUGUUUUUGUAAUUUGGCGCCAAGAGGAACAGAACUGGUCUCCUGUUAUAAUGGUAUACCGAGGUCGACGAAAUGAACAAUAAGGAUACAUUAUGGUGGACAAUUGGCCUUAACCAUAACGCAAGGGCGACGACUGAUAUAAAUAUAACCACAUAAAAAUAUGUUAUUGUAGACCGCACGACAAGGGAGCAGGCGAACAAUACGCAGAGAUAUAUAAUAACACAAACAAAAAGCAAGCAUAUAAAGAAGAAAUUACGACUCAUCCUACGACUGAUAGCUAGAGAAAGACUGUGAGUCUAGCAGUGGGUGGGGUACUAUAUGUUUAAGUUAGCAGAGGACUUUUGAGAGUCAUGCCGAUCGAUGCGUAAUCGACGAAGAGCGCAGGAAGUUAACAGCAUUCGAUGCGGUCUCUUCCAAACUCAUUGUACCUACGUCACAGGGGAAUCUACAGAGCCAGGUGAAGCUUCUCGGGUCGUCAGUGAGUGUGGGGCUUUUCUGGGGCAAAAAUGACCCAUGUGCAGAGAGUUUAGGUACGCCAAGUUCUACAAUAGAGAGAAGGCGAAUGAGGUGAAAGCCCCUAAGCGAAUCGCCAUUUUGGUAGUUAACGACGAUAUUUAAUGGCCUCAUUAGACUUAUGAAGAUUGCUAGUAAGAUUAUUGCAGAAAAAUGAUGUAUUCUUAGGAGCAGAAGAGCGAAGCACAACGGUCAUGGAUAACGAGACCUUGAUAACGACUGCAAAUGUAAUCUUGGAAGAAGGAAGGGUGAUUGAAGCUUUCAAUAGAGUACAGGCCUGGACGCUCAGUUCUGUUAUGAACUAUAGAAGCGGUUCGAUUAGAGGAAUGCACUAUUCACACAAUCCAAGACUGAGUAAACAUCUUAUUAGCAAAGGGGACAACUCCUGGAGAAACUUGCACAGAAAGCCUUGUAUAGCAGAUCAGCCCGAUAUGGUGAGCUAAGUAACUCGAUUUGGUUGUCGAUGAAAGAAAUAGGACCCCGACGCCAUCAUGGAGCAUAUAACCACAUGCACUAACGCUUUACAAAUAGGACUAAUUCUGUUCCGUUGAUUUUGUAUAAAAUAGAUCUAUAAACACACUCAUAUAUAUAUCUAUAUAUA